AUGUCAUUCACAGACCUCGCGUCAAAGCGCAUUGCAGUCUCCGUCAUGGAGGAGGCGCCCAAGCAGCGCAAGCGCUCGCGGACAGGCGGCAGCAAGGACCUGUACGACGGUCACUCGCAAGACGUCAUGCUGGCGAAAACUCUCAUUGACCCUGACCACCAGUGCUCCGUGACGACCGUCAAGGCCUACGUGACCCACGUAUGUGCCUGGUUUCGCUUCUGUCGCACGCUCCCACAGCCGGACUACACUCGGGUGAAUGAAGAAAAGCUGUCUGGUUUUUUGACUUGGGCUACGCAGACACCGCGGCUGCCGUGCAAGACCGGCGGCUCGGGCGGCUCCAUGUCAUACCAGUCGGCGCGCCGAUACGUUGAGGGUGGCAUCCUGGCGCUGUGGCGGCGGUAUCGAGGUCCCGACGAAGAGAACCCGCUGCAUGCGCUGAGCUACCUCAACACAAAGUAUGCCAUUCGCGAAGCCACAGCCAGCGAGCAGCCGCGGAUGACGGAGCGGCAGUACAGCGCACUGGCUGUGGGUCCUGAGCAAGAGGACGGCAUUAUCAGGGAGCUGCUGAACUCGGACACCGACAUGAGCUCGUCCAUCAAGGCCUGGGCCUACUACGUGCUCGGUGCCGCUACCUGGAUUCCCGGAGCUCGCGCACUGCACCUGCGACUCGACACUCUGGCCAUGGCGCUUCGCACCGACGCGCGGCUGGUCGAGCACACAACAGUGCCAUUCCUCGAGUUCCGCGUCAACCCCGACCCGACCGCCGCUGUUGCACGCUAUGCCGAGGUGUCCGCCGCAAGGCACGUCAACGCCCUGGUGUGCCCCUGGUUUGCCAUUGCCGCGCUAAUCUUUACCCAAUGGCAGGCAGCCCCUUCGUCACUAGCCUCUGCGGCCACGGGCGAUGCCGGCGCCUGGCUUGCUCAGCCGCUGUUCCAGGCGGCCACGGGCGAGUCCCGCGUGCUGCUGCCCGAUGAUGCCCGGGUGCAAAUGGUGCUCGACGAAAUUACCCCGCUCCUCUCCCAAGCCACAGGACGCGUGCGCGCGUCUCCCGAGUCACACGUCAUCAGGCGGCGCGACAAGCAGAUGGCCGAGGCACUGGGGCUGUCGGCGCCGCAGGUCGUGAGGCUAGAAAAAUGGCGCGUGCACCACCGCCGCACCGGCGUUACCCGGCAGCAAACGUUCUUCGACCUGACCUUGGUGCUGGCCGGCCAAGUCCCACCGCCAGCGCAGGUCUCCACACAUGUUCUUCGCAUGCCGGCUCGCACACGCCUGCAAGUGCCUGAGCACUUGGCCGCCAUGGUCUUCCCCUGGCUCGGCGCCGAAAUGCCGGCCAAGCAGGCCAAGCCGCAGUUCGCUCGUCAUCGCUCGCAUAGCGUCAGCGCCGCUGCGCACUCCGAGGACGUCCUGCGCGCCGAGCGCAAUGCCAGCCGCCGGCUGAUGCGCGAGCUCGCCACGGUGCUCAUCCAGGACGCCGCUGCAUUGCUGGCUGAUCCGCGCACGGCAUCGGUGGUUGCCCAGCAUCCGCUGUUCCGCGCCCCACUGUUUGCCUCGCGUGCGUUCCGCGACUUUGCCGCGUAUGCUGCUCAGGCUCUGUCGUUGCAGCAGGAGACUAACACGAUGCUUCCGAUGCCGCCACCGGUGCUAAUGCGCCCGUCGUUUAUUACGCGUCCUCGUAGGCACACCUUUGAGCCUAUUCGCGAAGAGGACCCGCUGUCCCUGGCCCAGGCGACUAUGGCCCCGCCGGUACCUCCUCACCCGCAGCACUCCUCUGGCAUGUCCAUGGCGUUCAACCCAAUGCUGCUCUCGCAGCCGCUGCCCUUCCCGCCGCAGCUGGCCGCGUCGCAGAUGGCUCCGCCGGCGAUGGCGUUCCCGCAACUGUCGGAGGACAAUGCAGAGCCACCCAUCCCACACUACUCCCAUCCGCUACAUCAGCAGCAACAGCAUCAGCACCAGCAACAACAAAUGCAACAGCAGCAGCAAACCGCCGAGCCCAUGUCGCAGCAGUAUAUCAUGCAGAUAAUGGACUACCUGUCUGUAUACAACCAGCCGGCCAACACACAACAGCAACAACAACAACAACAACAACAACAACAACAACAACAGCAGCAACAGCAACAGCACCAGCACCAGCACCAGCACCAACACCAACAGCAAACACAUCACCAACAGCAGCAGCAACAAAUUCAGCAACAGCAGCAGGCCGCUUCAUUCACCGCCCAGUUCCCGCGCCUGACCUCUGAGAGCGGCUCCGAGUCAACCGCUUCGCCCGAGCUGCCCUCCAACCUGCCCAUCAGCACGCAGAUGUUCGGCCAGCAACAGCAGCAGCCGGCGACAGCCUUCACCUACUCCUACUCGCACCCGCUGUAUAAUCGCCCAAUGACCCACCACCACUCAUUCACUGCGCCACUGCCGUCUUCACAAAUGAUGCUCUCGAACGAUACCACAUCUGCUGCUGCCGCUGCCGCUGCUGCCACUGCCAUGGCCAUGUCCGGCGUGAACGUCGCUGCUGCGUCGCAUCAUAGCCAUAGCCAGCAACAUAGCAGCCUUGAGCCCAUGCCCUUGGUCCAGAAUCAUUCGGCGCAUAACCUGUCGAUGUACUUUAAUGCACCUGGUUCUGCGCACGACUUUAUAGACCCGUCGGCUUUGGCCAAUACCACGCAGUCGCAUAUUAUUGGCCUGCCAAAGUCGAGGUCGAUGCUGCACCCGCAUACUAGCUCCUUGUCGUCUUCGCUGUCGCCCACCCCGACGCCGACGUCUGAAAACAGACAAUCGGUUCUGUUCAACCCAGCAUUCAACCCCUCUGCUCAGCUCCUUGCUGCCUCCGACCCCUCGACCGCUUUGCAAUUCUCCAUUGCCCCUCACAAACUACAGUUCAAAUCGGACCACGAGAUUCUCAUGUAG